AUGUGCGCCCUCUAUGACCUACUACCGAUUUUUAUAAAGGGAAAUUUUAUCCAAAAUAGUAUCAGUUUGGUUGCAACAGUGGCACUGGACCUGCUCAAGCCUCUGUUCAUUAUGAGGAUCCUAUUUUUUGGCAUUGUUGUGAGUUUAUGCGCAACAGCCUCUUACCAACUCUCACUGGAGGUUCACCAUGACUCUGGCCCAAUGCAGGAAAUGGCACAACUUACUACAUGUCCACCAGAAACAUACAUGUUUGGCAAAAACUGCUACUUUGUAGCCAAUGCAGAACCAUAUGAAAAUAUCAGAAGACGUUGCCAUUACGAACAAUGUAAUGCCAGACCGGUUAUUAUAUCCUCUCAACAUGAAAACAAUUUUCUUCAGGAGAGACUCAUUGAAGAUGGUUAUAAAACAAAGCUUAUUUGGAUAGGGUAUAGAUACAGAUCCUAUGCUGAUGAAUACAAAUGGAUAAACGACAAGGAGAUAUCUCAUUUUGAAGCAUGGAAAAAGGGUGAGCCGGCAAACGGAAACUUGUGUGCCGCACUUAAAGUACGACUUGGAAAGUGGAUUGCAAUUCCAUGUAACAGGCAUAUCAAGAUAUUGUGUGAACUAGACCCAAGAAAGCCACUCUCAAAGGACUGCAUUAAAUCAACAGUCAGACCUUCCAACAUUACAAUUACAUUUGAUGAUUCUAUUACUACUGAAGAACCUAUUACUCCGCUUGGUGUUAAAACAGAAAAAGCAAAAACAACAGAUACAACUACUGCCACCGAAGCACCUGCUACUACGAUUGAAGCUAAAGAAAAAAAACAAACAAUAACAACUGAUGUAAAUAAAGUUGAUAAAGAAGAUAAAACAGAAGGUGUUACCAAGGAACCUACGUCUCCGGUUGAUGUUCAUGAAAAAAGCACACAAAAGCCAACAGAUGCACCAGCUACUCCAGUUCAUAAAGAUGCAACAGAAGUUGCUACCGAUGCAUCUGCUACUCCACUUCAUGAUGACAUAAAAACAAAAGUUGCUACUGAUGCUACUCCAUUUGAUAAAGAAUCAAUAACAGAAGGUGGUACCGAUGAACCUACUUCUCCGGUCGAUGUUCAUGAAGGAGAAACACGAAAGCAAACAGAUGCACCGGUUACUCCAGUUCCUGAACAUCAAACAGAAAGUGUUACCGAUGAACCUACUACUACUGUAAAUAUGCAUAAAGAGAAAACACCAGAGGCAUCCGAUGUACCAGUUACUCCAAUUCAUGAAGAUAAAACAGUUGCUACUGAUGCUCCCACUGUACCGGUUGAUGUUCAUCAAAAAGAAACAACAAAACCCACUGACGCAACUACUGCUCCAGAUGCACCUGUAACUCCAGUUGAUGAAGAUAAAACAGAAACAGAAAGAGUUACAGAUGCACCUGUUACUCCAUUUGAUAAAAAAUCAAUAACGGAAGGUGUUACCGAUGAACCUACUUCUCAGGUCGAUGUUCAUGAAGGGAAAACACGAAAGCCAACAGAUGCACCGGUUACUCCAGUUCCUGAACAUCAAACAGAAAGUGUUACUGAUGAACCUACUACUACUACUGUGGAUAUGCAUAAAGAGAAAACACCAGAGGCAUCCGAUGUACCUGUUACUCCAGUUCAUGAAGAUAAAACAGUUACUACUGAUGCUUCCACUAUACCGGUUGAUGUUCAUCAAAAAGAAACAACAAAACCCACUGAUGCAACUACUGCUCCAGAUGCACUUGUAACUCCAGUUGAUGAAGAAAAAACAGAAACAGAAAGAGUUACAGAUGCACCUGUUACUCCAUUUGAUAAAGAAUCAAUAACGGAAGGUGUUACCGAUGAACCUACUUCUCCGGUCGAUGUUCAUGAAGGAAAAACACGAAAGCCAACAGAUGCACCGGUUACUCCAGUUCGUGAACAUCAAACAGAAAGUGUUACCGAUGAACCUACUACUACUACUGAGGAUUUGCAUAAAGAGAAAACACCAGAGGCAUCCGAUGUACCUGUUACUCAAAUUCAUGUAGAUAAAACAGUUCUUACUGAUGCUCCCACUAUACCGGUUGAUGUUCAUCAAAAAGAAACAACCAAACCCACUGAUGCAACUACUGCUCCAGAUGCACCUGUAACUCCAGUUGAUGAAGAAAAAACAGAAACAGAAAGAGUUACAGAUGCACCUGUUACCCCAUUUGAUAAAGAAUCAAUAACGGAAGGUGUUACCGAUGAACCUACUUCUCAGGUCGAUGUUCAUGAAGGGAAAACACGAAAGCCAACAGAUGCACCGGUUACUCCAGUUCGUGAACAUCAAACAGAAAGUGUUACCGACGAACCUACUACUACUGUGGAUGUGCUUAAAGUGAAAACAUCAGAGGCAUCCGAUGUACCUCUUACUCCAAUUCAUAAAGAUAAAACAGUUGCUACUGAUGCUUCCACUAUACCGGUUGAUGUUCAUCAAAAAGAAACAACAAAACCCACUGAUGCAACUACUGCUCCAGAUGCACCUGUAACUCCAGUUGAUAAAGAAUCAAUAACAGAAAGUGUUACGGAUGAAUCUACUUCCCCGGUCGAUGUUCAUGAAGGAGAAACACGAAAGCCAACAGAUGCACCGGUUACUCCAGUUCCUAAACAUCAAACAGAAAGUGUUACAGAUGAACCUACUACUACUACAGUGGAUAUGCAUAAAGAGAAAACACCAGAGGCAUCUGAUGUACCUGUUACUCCAGUUCAUGAUGAUAAAACAGUUGCUACUGAUGCUCCCACUAUACCGGUUGAUGUUCAUCAAAAAGAAACAACAAAACCCACUGAUGCAACUACUGCUCCAGAUGCACCUGUAACUCCAGUUGAUAAAGAAAAAACAGAAACAAAAAGAGUUACAGAUGCACCUGUUACUCCAUUUGAUAAAGAAUCAAUAACGGAAGGUGUUACCGAUGAACCUACUUCUCCGGUCGAAGUUCAUGAAAGAGAAUCACGAAAGCCAACAGAUGCACCGGUUACUCCAGUUCGUGAACAUCAAACAGAAAGUGUUACCGAUAAACCUACUACUACUACGGUGGAUGUGCAUAAAGAGAAAACAUCAGAGGCAUCCGAUGUACCUGUUACUCCAAUUCAUGUAGAUAAAACAGUUCUUACUGAUGCUCCCACUAUACCGGUUGAUGUUCAUCAAAGAGAAACAACAAAACCCACUGACGCAACUACUGCUCCAGAUGCACCUGUAACUCCAGUUGAUGAAGAUAAAACAGAAACAGAAAGAUUUACAGAUGCACCUGUUACUCCUUUUGAUAAAGAAUCAAUAACAGAAAGUGUUACGGAUGAAUCUACUUCUCCGGUUGAUGUUCAUGAAGAAGAAACACGAAAGCCAACAGAUGCACCGGUUACUCCAGUUCCUAAACAUCAAACAGAAAGUGUUACCGAUGAACCUACUACUACUACUGUGGAUAUGCAUAAAGAGAAAACACCAGAGGCAUCCGAUGUACCUGUUACUCCAGUACAUGAAAAUAAAACAGUUACUACUGAUGUUCCCACUAUACCGGUUGAUGUUCAUCAAAAAGAAACAACAAAACCCACUGAUGCAACUACUGCUCCAGAUGCACCUGUAACUCAAGUUGAUGAAGAAAAAACAGAAACAAAAAGAGUUACAGAUACACCUGUUACUCCAUUUGAUAAAGAAUCAAUAACGGAAGGUGUUACAGAUGAACCUACUUCUCCGGUCGAAGUUCAUGAAGGAGAAUCACGAAAGCCAACAGAUGCACCGGUUACUCCAGUUCGUGAGCAUCAAACAGAAAGUGUUACCGACGAACCUACUACUACUGUGGAUGUGCAUAAAGAGAAAACACCAGAGGCAUCCGAUGUACCUGUUACUCCAGUUCAUGAAGAUAAAACAGUUGCUACUGAUGCUCCCACUAUACCGGUUGAUGUUCAUCAAAAAGAAACAACAAAACCCAUUGAUGCAACUACUGCUCCAGAUGCACCUGUAACUCCAGUUGAUGAAGAUAAAACAGAAACAGAAAUAGUUACAGAUGCACCUGUUACUCCAUUUGAUAAAGAAUCAAUAACGGAAGGUGUUACCGAUGAACCUACUUCUCCGGUCGAUGUUUAUGAAGGGGAAACACGAAAGCCAACAGAUGCACUAGUUACUCCAGUUCGUGAACAUCAAACAGAAAGUGUUACCGAUGAACCUACUACUAAUGUGGAUAUGCAUAAAGAGAAAACACCAGAGGCAUCCGAUGUACCUGUUACUCCAAUUCAUGAAGAUAAAACAGUUGCUACUGAUGCUCCCACUAUACCGGUUGAUGUUCAUCAAAAAGAAACAACAAAACCCACUGAUGCAACUACUGCUCCAGAUGCACCUGUAACCCCAAUUGAUGAAGAUAAAACAGAAACAGAAAGAGUUACAGAUGCACCUGUUACUCCAUUUGAUAAAGAAUCAAUAACAGAAAGUGUUACGGAUGAAUCUGCUUCUCCGGUUGAUAUUCAUGAAAGAGAAACACGAAAGCCAACAGAUGCACCGGUUACUCCAGUUCCUAAACAUCAAACAGAAAAUGUUACCGAUGAACCUACUACUACUGCUGUGGAUAUGCAUAAAGAGAAAACACCAGAGGCAUCCGAUGUACCUGUUACUCCAGUUCAUGAAGAUAAAACAGUUGCUACUGAUGCUCCCACUAUACCGGUUGAUGUUCAUCAAAAAGAAACAACAAAACCCACUGAUGCAACUACUGCUCCAGAUGCACCUGUAACUCCAGUUGAUGAAGAAAAAACAGAGGCAAAAAGAGUUACAGAUGCACCUGUUACUCCAUUUGAUAAAGAAUCAAUAACGGAAGGUGUUACCGAUGAACCUACUUCUCUGGUCGAAGUUCAUGAAGGAGAAACACGAAAGCCAACAGAUGCACCGGUUACUCCAGUUCCUGAACAUCAAACAGAAAGUGUUACCGACGAACCUACUACUACUGUGGAUAUGCAUAAAGAGAAAACACCAGAGGCAUCCGAUGUACCUGUGACUCCAAUUCAUGAAGAUAAAACAGUUGCUACUGAUGCUCCCACUAUACCGGUUGAUGUUCAUCAAAAAGAAACAACAAAACCCACUGACGCGUCAUCGGUGCUAAGAACAAUUACUGAACAAAGAAUUUCUUAUAUACAGCCUGAAUACGGAAUGAACAUUAGUUCAGGUGUCCUGACAAGUAGCCUAAAUGUUGUUUGUUGCCAUGUAGUAGAAAAGUAA